UUCCACCCUCACGUGACAUGGAGGCGGAGAGAGGAAGGGAAAGGUCAGUGGCGACGUCAGCGGAGCGGAAGGUCAGGGCGGGAGCGGAAGUGGGAGCCGGAGCCUGUCCGCCAUUGUGGGGAAGCGGCGCCUAGAGCGGGGGGGAAGCAGCGCUGCGUCCGGCCGGCCGGCUCCUUCCAGCGGGAACCAGAUCAGCGGCGGCGAGCCCGGGCAGCAGCGGCGGCGACAAUCAAGCGGCAGCGGGGAGAGCGGCGCGGUCGGUGUGUGCGGGAGUCACUCGAGGCCCAGGCGGAGCGAGGGGAUCGCGGCUCCCCGUGAAGAAUGUCAGCCACUAGCGUCGAUCAGAGACCUAAAGGACAGGGAAAUAAAGGAGAGAAAUAGAAACAAACAAUAACUAUAUGGAGAUGUCCUGCUAGAAUUACAACACUAAUGAUGUAGACUCUGGAAAUGCCUAAUAUGUCUAAGAAGACGUUAUUAAAGCUUUUUUUCUGCUUAAGGUGACAUCUUUGAACACUUUAACACGAAAUUGACUCUUCUUGUAAUGGUUCUCAUCAGUGCAUCUGCCCUUAUACUCUCUCACCAAACACACUUGAGAACUGUAACUUCGUCAAGCACUUUCUGUCAUGAAGCUUUUACCAGUAUCUGCUGUCUUUUGUAUUUAUGCAUCCUAGCUAAGGCACAGGAGACGGAACGAAUGCAAGGAUUCAUUAACUCUUUGAAUUUGUUAAAUACUAACAAUUAACCAUUAGAAGUGAUUCAAUGAUGUGAGAUUCACAUUGCUUCAACUUACUUUUUCUUUGUUGUAGUUUUUUUUUUAAUUGUCAGUUUUUAGCUAUUCAACAGAUUAAAAGCAAAAUCAUGCCAUAUUUAGUCCUGGAGUAAAACUCAAGUCUAAAUGUUCAUGUGAAAAUUAUUGUAGUAAACUUUUAAUAUGGCAAGGCAACUUUAAGAUGCAGUUUAGCCAAAUGAAACGUAACAUGAAAUUAUAUUAGAAUGACAUUUCCCUUGUUUCAAACUGUUUGGUGUAAGAGAAUAUUAAUAUGCAGCUUGGUGGACAGCACCGGUUAAUGCACACUUCUUUAUUUUUUCUGUAAUAUGUAUACUGAAAAAAGUGCAUUUGUCUGAGGAACUGUUUGUUUGCUACCACUCAAUGAAUCUCAGUUUUGAGUAAAUGUACCUCAGUCUAAAUCAGACUUUUUAUGACCUUUAUAACUACAUUUAAAACCUUUAAUUCCUAUUUCUGGGUGUUUGCAAGCCUGACAGAUUGCUAUCAUGGAAGUGAAAAUUUACUCCUCUAGGUGAUUCACUAGCUAAAUAAACAUAAUUCUUGUUUAGCAAGCA